UUACUUAUUUCGGUUUGCGCAGAACAGAAGGAAAUGUGGUCUCAUGACGAGCAGGCCAUCAAACAUCUGCUGUGUCACGAUCCUUCUCUCUAAGUGAUCGUGUCUGUGAAAUAGUAGUGCUUCUAAAAAAACAAGUUAAGGUCAU